CCCAGCGAGUGGCUGACGAGGCCCUUUGACAAGGUUUUUGACGGGGCUUCAAUCGCAAAUUUGCGCAUUUCCCCUCAACCGCAGAUUCCCGGACCCUUAUAGAAAUAUGCUGCGUCUCGCCGCUCGCAACCCCGCCCCUGCCGCUGCCAAGCGCAUGUUCUCGGCCGCCGCUGGCUCGGAGGUCAUCGGUAUUGACCUGGGUACGACCAACUCGUGCGUGGCCGUCAUGGAGGGCAAGACCGCGCGUGUGAUUGAGAACUCGGAGGGUGCUCGCACGACGCCCUCGGUUGUGGCCAUCCUGGACAACGACGAGCGUCUUGUCGGCAUGCCCGCCAAGCGCCAGGCUGUGACUAACCCGGAGAACACUUUCUACGCCGUCAAGCGUCUGAUCGGCCGUAAGUUCGACGACAAGGAGACCCAGGAGGUGUCCAAGGUCGUAUCGUACAAGAUUGUUAAGGGCAACAACGGCAAGGACGCGUGGGUCGAGGCCAAGGGCACGAAGUACUCGCCCUCGCAGAUCGGCUCCAUGGUGCUGACUAAGAUGAAGGAGACCGCCGAUGGUUUCCUCGGCAAGCCUGUGACCCAGGCCGUCGUGACGGUCCCGGCCUACUUCAACGACUCGCAGCGUCAGGCUACCAAGGACGCCGGUAAGAUUGCCGGUCUGGACGUGCUCCGUAUUAUCAACGAGCCUACGGCUGCUGCUCUGGCCUACGGUAUGGACAAGGCCGACGGUAAGGUCAUUGCUGUGUUCGACCUGGGUGGCGGUACCUUCGAUGUGUCGAUCCUGGAGAUCUCGGGCGGUGUGUUCGAGGUCAAGUCGACCAACGGUGACACGCUGCUUGGCGGUGAGGACUUCGAUGAGGAGCUGCUGCGUUACCUCGUGGACGAGUUCAAGAAGGAGACGAGCAUCGACCUGUCGGGUGACAACCUGGCCAUGCAGCGUCUGCGUGAGGCCGCUGAGAAGGCCAAGCGUGAGCUUGAUGGUCUGGCCCAGACGGACAUCAGUCUGCCUUUCAUCACGGCCGACGCUACCGGCCCCAAGCACUUGAACAUGAAGAUCACGCGUGCCACCUUCGAGAAGCUGGUGGGCAAGCUAAUUGAGCGUACUAUGGGCCCCUGCAAGAAGUGCGUCAAGGACGCUGGUCUGGACAAGAGCGAAAUCAACGAGGUCAUUCUGGUCGGCGGUAUGUCGCGUAUGCCCAAGGUGCAGACGACGGUGGAGGAGUUCUUCGGCAAGAAGCCCUCAAAGGGCGUGAACCCGGAUGAGGUCGUGGCUAUGGGCGCUGCUAUCCAGGGUGGCGUGCUGCGUGGUGACGUGAAGGACAUUCUGCUGCUGGAUGUGACUCCUCUGUCUCUGGGUAUUGAGACUUUGGGCGGUGUGUUCACCAAGCUCAUCCCGCGUAACACGACCAUCCCGACCAAGAAGUCGCAGGUGUUCUCGACGGCUGCUGACUCGCAGACUCAGGUGGGCAUCAAGGUGCUGCAGGGUGAGCGUGAGAUGGCUGCCGACAACAAGCUGCUGGGCAACUUCGACUUGGUGGGCAUCCCGCCUGCCCCUCGUGGUGUCCCUCAGAUUGAGGUGAGCUUCGACAUUGACGCCAACGGAAUCGUCAACGUCGGUGCUCGUGACAAGGCCACGGGCAAGGAGCAGAACAUUGUGAUCCAGUCGAGCGGCGGUCUGUCCGAGGCUGAGAUCGAGAAGAUGGUUGCUGACGCUGAGGCCAACGCCGCCGCUGACCAGCAGCGUAAGGAGCUGAUUGAGGCCAAGAACGAGGCUGACUCGACGCUGUACUCAACGGAGAAGACGCUGAAGGAGCACGAGGACAAGAUUGACGCUGAGACCCUGGAGAAGGUGAAGGCUGCUCUUGCCGACCUGCGAACCAAGUCGGAGGGCGACAACACGGAGGAGAUCAAGGCUGCUCUUGAGGAGGUGCAGAAGAUGUCGAUGAAGAUCGGUGAGGCUGUCUACAAGUCGCAGCAGGGCGAGGGUGCGUCCAGCGACGACAAGGACGAGAACGUGCACGACGCUGAGUUCAAGGACAAGAAGGACUAAGCGCGUCUUGGAUGGCGAGCGACCUUUUAGACGACGGCAAGUGUCCUCGUUGGCCUUUUAGUAUUUUGCUGCUUUCGUUCUGGUUUUCUCUAUUAGAUGGACACAUGUAGGAAGAUGCCGACAAGUAAUUUACUGUUUGCAAACGAGAAAUCAAAGCAAAAGCGAAUUUAAAUGCGU